CUUGUUUGUAAUGUAGUAUUGGUUGUAUAUUUUUAUUUCUUUUUUCAGGAGCCAAUUAAGGUUACCUCAAGUGUAUGCUCAAGUCCUCAAACUCCCACAUUUCAUGUCUCUAAUGCAAUAUGGAGAGUUAUUAAUGAUUCAGUUGAGAGGCCACUUAAAGAGAGUAGUUCUUUGGAGGAUAAAAGUAAGUGGUCAAUUGUGAAGUAUGAUGAUGCACAAGCAGUUGAUACUGGACUGAUUUUGGGAAGGAAAAGGCAAGCGAAGCCAAGCGCUGUUGUAAAAUCUCCUUUCUUAACAAAAUUUGGAUCUUCUGAAGUUGGAGUGAAACAAAAAAGAAAGAGGACGAUAUUGGAUAAUAUUUGUCCCUUUUCCAAUGAACUUGGUGAUAAUCACACUAAAGAACAACUGUCUGAGUUUGAUUCCUGGAUUAAUCAUGGUUUGAAGAAAAGGAACAAGUAUGUAUAACCAUUAUUUGUUUUAAAGUUUGUUAUAUGUGUAAUAUGUAUGAUUAAUUUGUUAAGCUUUUUAUUUUGUUUUUUAAUGUAUUUUUCAGGUUUAAAAAAUAUGAUGAUAAUUCUGUGGACCCACCAAUUAAUUUCACUUUUGUUCAUAUUUCUGAGAAGGCUUGGUUUCAUAGCCUUUAUUUCUCUGGGCAAUUCGUUGACUCAUCGGUGAGAUUCUCGCUUUUUUAAUUUAUCUGGUUUUUCAUGUUGGAGUUUUUUUUUUUUCUCUCUUUUUUUUUUUUACAAGGUAAUAAGUCUGGUGAUCUAUUUUAUGUUAUAUAUUAUGAUGUUAUUGGGUACCCAGUUAUCUUACUGUUUGCUUUGUUGUAGUUCAUUGGGUAACUGGUUACCCAAAUCAUUGUAACUGGUUUUUGUGUUGCUGAUGUUACCAGUUUCCCUUGUGUGACAAAGUUUUAUUGUCUGUCAUAGUAUAUUUAUUUCUACCCAUAUCAUUUUAUAAUCAUGUAUUUUAUUUAUUAUGCAACAUAUUGAUGUGAUGAUGUAUUACUUGAGGAGAAAGGUUAAAUUGUCUACAGAUUUGAAGAGAAGAGUAUCUACGACUGACACUUGUUUUGGGCAAAACAUAGUGUUUAUGUAUGAAGAUUUUAAGAAAAAAGGUAGUGGCGCAUUUAAAAUAGAUGAGAGAUGCGUUGCUUUGAAGAUAAUGAAGGGGGAAUCCAUGUUUUGUGCAACUCAUUGGAAUUUGCUUGAUGAUGUUGUCAUGCCUGUUAAUGUGAAUGGUCUUAUGCACUGGAUUUUGUUGCACUUUAAUGUACAGCAGAGAUCUCUUACGGUGUAUGAUUCAAUGUCUGGUGCAAAGCAUGAAAAUCAGACUUUACCUGUCGUUGAGGCAUUUGCUGUUUUGAUUCCUCUUCUUCUGGAGAUGAUUGAUUUCUAUGUUCGUAAAGAUAUUCAUCUUGAUGUUAGCCCGUAUGAUGUGGUAGAGAAUGAGGCUUUGAAGUUGAGCAUUGCUAAAGGCAUUCCUCAACAGACUGAUUGUGAUUGUGGUGUGUUCUGUACUUAUUUUGCUGAGCAAAUAAUUCUUGGGAAGGAGAAUGAGAUGCCUAAAAAUAUUGAUGUUCGCCUCCUUCGUAAAGACAUUGCUGUCAGCUUGUACUAUCAUGGAAAGAACAAAGAACUUGAGGGAUACUUAACUAGCGAUGAGUUCACUGAGAAGCUUCUGGAGAGGAGACAGAAAAUAAUGAAAAUUGCUGCAUAGGCUUUUAGUGAUAUUAUAUUUCUUUUGGUUUUAUUAUCUUUUCUACAACUGUAAUUAAAUGAUGAAUCAAUUUCUAGUUUAACAGUUAGCUUUUUUAAUUUUCUUCUUAUGUAAAACAUUGGGAUUCUUAAGGUCAUUUUAUAUAUACAUAUUAGUAUAUCGUUUUGUUAAUUCUUUUGCUGUUAGCUUUUUGGAAGAAUGAUUUAGAGGGUAACCAGGUACCCAGGUUGUUUAUUUUCUAACAUACCAAGGGUAACUGGUUACUUAAUUGUUUUUUUUUUUAAUUUUUUCCCCAUUGGUUUGUUGUUUGUUAAUUACAUUUAUUAAUAUAUAUUUUAGAUAACACUUUAAAUCAGGUAGCUAGUUUUCUGUUUGUUUUUGUAUUUUUUUCCACUGUUUUAUGGAAUAACUUGAGGGAAACUAGUUCCUAGUUGGUUUGUUUAACUAAUUUUAAUGGUGAUAUUUGAGGGUAACUAGGUACUCAGGCUGUUUGUUUCCUAAUAUACCGAGGGUAACUGGUUACUUAAGUGUUUUUUUUUUUUAUUUUUCCCCUAAGCUUGUCUCUUUUAAUAGUUAUGCAACCAGUUUAUUAAAUUAAUAUUAAAGUAACUUUAAUAUUAUAUAUAGACGAGUUUGUGAUAGAAGAAAGUAAAGGGUUUAAUUCUUUUUUUCUUUUUUUUUUGGCUUUUAGAUUGUUAUAGUGGGGUAAUUUACCUUGUAUUGAAACUUCAGGGUAACCAGUUACCUAUAUCGUUGUUUUUGUUGUUAGUGAUUGUAGCAUUGAAAAAUAGAAGCAAACAAAUCCAAGAAAUUAUUUUGAAAGGAUUUUAUAAGUUUGCAUAACCAAUCAAUGUGUUUCAUUUUGAAACAAUCUUAUUAAAAUUCUGAAUGAUACUUGAUGAAUAUGAAAGUAUCUCUUUCAAUGAGGAAAGCUAUGAAAGGUUUGUUUUUCUGUAGAAUGUGAAUCUAUGUCUUUGGAUUUUUCUGUUUAUUUGGCUUCUGAAAUGGAGGAUUCCUGCAAGUCUUCCUGUUAUGUCCUGGUUGUGCACAUUUCCCACAGGUGAUUAUUACGUUAUUUUCCCCUCUUGAUCUUAUUCGUUUCUUUCUUGGUCUUCCUGCAGGGAUUGUUGAAUUUGGAGGCAGCACUAGUAUGUCCAAGUGUUGUGGGAGAUUCCAUUCAUCUUUAUGGGGCAAAGGAUGAACAUUUUCUUGAUACAAUGCUUUCAACGUUUCUGUUCUGU